CCACGCGCUUCCUUGCAGUAGGAAUGCACAUUCUCAGGCCCCGCCCCAGACCUCCCAAAUCCAAGACCGGGGGAGGGGCGCCGUCUGUGCUUUGCUGCUCCUGCGGGUGACUGGGAGGCGCUCGACGGUGACAGCCCCUACCCUGGGGCUUCCUACGUCGCUCAGCCAUACCUGUCUAUGAUUCUUUGAGAACAUUAUAAUGUCCCUUUGUGCCUCUUCUCACAAGGAGUUUUCCUAGAUGUUACCUAUUCAAGACAUGGAUAUCAAAAACUCACCAUCUAGCCUUAACUCUCCUGUCUCCUACAACUGCAGUCAAUCCAUCCUACCCCUGGAGCCAGGCCCUAUAUAUAUACCUUCCUCCUAUGUAGAGAGCCACCAUGAAUAUUCAGCCAUGACAUUCUAUAGCCCUGCCGUGAUGAAUUACAGUAUUCCCAAUAACUCGGAAGGUGGGCCUGGUCGACAGACCACAAGCCCAAAUGUAUUGUGGCCAACUCCUGGGCACCUCUCUCCUUUAGCCAUCCACUGCCAGUCGUCACUUCUGUAUGCAGAACCUCAAAAGAGUCCUUGGUGUGAAACGAGAUCAUUAGAACACACCUUACCUGGGAACAGAGAGACAUUGAAAAGGAAGGCUAGUGGAAGCAGUUGUGCCAGCCCUGUUACUAGUCCAAGUUCAAAGAGGGAUGCCCACUUCUGUGCGGUCUGCAGCGAUUAUGCAUCGGGAUAUCACUAUGGAGUCUGGUCGUGUGAAGGAUGUAAGGCCUUUUUUAAAAGAAGCAUUCAAGGACAUAAUGAUUAUAUUUGUCCAGCUACAAAUCAGUGUACAAUAGACAAGAACCGGCGUAAAAGCUGCCAGGCCUGCCGACUUCGGAAGUGCUAUGAAGUCGGAAUGGUGAAGUGUGGCUCCCGGAGAGAAAGGUGUGGGUACCGCGUAGUUCGAAGGCAGAGAAAUUCUGAUGAGCAGCUGCACUGCCUGAGCAAAGCCAAGAAAAAUGGUGGGCACGUGACCCGCGUGAAGGAGCUGCUGCUGAGUGCCCUGAGCCCAGAGCAGCUGGUGCUCACACUCCUCGAGGCCGAGCCGCCCCACGUGCUCGUGAGCCGCCCCAGCACGCCCUUCACCGAGGCCUCCAUGAUGAUGUCCCUGACCAAGCUGGCUGACAAGGAACUGGUACACAUGAUCGGCUGGGCCAAGAAAAUUCCGGGCUUCGUGGAGCUCAGCCUGUACGACCAAGUGCGGCUCUUGGAGAGCUGCUGGUUGGAGGUGCUCAUGGUGGGGCUGAUGUGGCGCUCCAUCGACCACCCCGGCAAGCUCAUCUUUGCUCCAGACCUCGUUCUGGACAGGCUUCUGCAGCGAGAAAACUUGAACCUACUGAGGAUGAGAGGAAAAUCCGGGUAUCUCAGCUUAUUUCUAACAAGGGAUGAAGGGAAAUGUGUAGAAGGAAUUCUGGAAAUCUUUGACAUGCUCCUGGCAACGACUUCAAGGUUUCGCGAGUUAAAACUCCAACACAAAGAAUAUCUCUGUGUCAAGGCCAUGAUCCUCCUCAACUCCAGUGUGUACCCUUCAGCUGAGGCACCCCAGGAGGCUGACAGCAGCCGGAAACUGGCUCAUCUACUGAACGCUGUGACCGAUGCUCUGGUCUGGGUGAUCGCCAAGAGCGGCAUCCCCUCCCAGCAGCAGUCCGUCCGCCUGGCUAACCUGCUGAUGCUCCUUUCUCACGUCAGGCACGCCAGUAACAAGGGCAUGGAACACCUGCUCAACAUGAAGUGCAAAAAUGUGGUCCCCGUCUACGACCUGCUGCUGGAGAUGCUGAAUGCCCACACACUUCGCGGCAGCCAGUCCUCGGUCACAGGGUCCGAGUGCAGCCUGGUGGAGGAAAGUGAGAGCAAAGAGGGCUCCCAGAACCCCCAGGCUCAGUGAUGCCAAGCCCUGAGGUGUGGUCAGGCUGCAGAGGUCAGAGGCCGAAGCGUGAACUCCAGCACAAAUCGUGAGCCCCAUCAGGAGGGGGCGGGCUUCAUCGGCUUUCUGCUGUGUGAUCCCUCAUAUGGCCCCUCAGUACUAUCCUUCCCCGACCUCCCUACUUCCCGGGAGUCAGGGUGAGAAAGCCAGUGCUCCUUGUCACCAGGGGGCACGUUUGAGUGCAGCGUUUAUGUCUUGCUUGGCCUCAUGGGAUCUCAUUGUGGUCCCUCUCACUUCCCACCUCCCUCCCACCCUUUGGAAAACAUCUUCUUACAGCUUUUGGAAUGACUGGUGGAAAUCUGACUUGGAAGCGUUGUCAAGUAGAAAGGGGAGAGAACGUGGCACAUGCACAGGAAGGGGACUAACCCUUAUUGUGCCACUUAACCUGCCCACAGAAUUAGUCCUUUGUAUGCUGCCUCUGGACCACUUGAUUGUAGGAUUGAAAACCACGACGGCAGUCAACUAACUGGUUCCACACACCUAUCUCACAGGCCUGUGAGGACAGGUGUCACGUAUUGCUGUGACUCUAUCCAAGGCCAGAGGGAAUGUGACCUAGGGAACCAGUGGUCAAGCUGAGAUGCAAGCCACGUUCAUCCCCCAAGACCUUGCUGCCGCCUUCAUGCAGAAACCACUAGCGCAGUGUUC